AUGUCCUUUGUGAACGGCACUGCCUCUCAUCUCACUGCCUUCCUUCUCCUGGGUGUCCCAGGUCUGGAAGCUUUCCAUAUUUGGAUUGCCUUCCCUUUCUUUGUUGUUUAUCUGAUCACACUUGUGGGGAAUUUCACAAUCCUGUGUGUGAUCAAGACUGAACAGAGUCUUCAUCAAUCCAUGUUCUACUUUCUUGCUCUUCUCUCUUUUUUUGACCUGGGUCUUUUAACUUCCAUCAUCCCCAAGAUGCUUGCCAUCUUCUGGCUCAACCUUAGGGAAAUAAGCUUUGAAGGCUGCCUCAUCCAAAUGUUCUUUAUUCACACCCACACUGGUAUGGAAUCUGGUGUACUCCUGGCCAUGGCAAUUGACCGCUUUGUUGCCAUCUGUUACCCACUGAGAUAUACCACUAUCCUCACCAACAAAGUGGUAGCCAUCAUGGCCUCUUUUGUAGUGGGAAAGCCAGUGCUUCUUGCUAUUCCCUUCUGUCCUUUUCUUGAACGAUUGCCCUUUUGUGGACACUACGUUAUCCCUCAUACGAACUGUGAACAUAUGGGAAUCGCUCGUCCUGCCUGUGCCAGCAUAAGGGUCAAUAUGAUCUAUGGUUUAUUUACCAUUGCUACCCUGAUCUUUGACUUAAUCCUCAUUGCCCUCUCAUAUGUUCAGAUCCUAAAAGUUGUUUUCUGCCUUCCUUCCAGGGAUGCCAGGCUCACAGCACUUAGCACAUGUGGUUCACACGUCUGUGUCAUCUUAGCCUUUUAUACACCAGCAUUUUUCUCCUUUACGACUCGCCGGUUUGGUAGAAAUGUUCCUCAGUACAUUCACAUCCUCGUGGCUAAUCUGUAUGUGGUAGUUCCUCCUUGUUUAAAUCCAGUCAUUUAUGGAGUUAGGACAAAACAAAUUCGGGACUGA